AGAACGGGAACCCUAGAGAACCACGCCAACGCCCGUCGAGCUGUCAUCUGACUACAAAUGUGGCAACUAUUGCCUCGUUGAAAUUAAACAGUCCCGGACAAUUUCGAAUCGAAAUCCUCAGCUCAACGCGGCACCACCAACGAAUUCGGAUCUGGCAACUGACAGACCCAAGUUGUUUGUGGGUACCACGUCUAGUAACCAAAGAAUGUGCUUUUUACCCAAGUUUUUACCGCAAAAAUGGCCACAAACCAAGUUGUAUCGAAACAGCUGUAUGAAUUAGUAAUUGCACUGCGUGGGUAAUUGUAUGACAUCAUUUCAAACAACUUACAGUGUUUGUCAAAAAUUCCAACCGUUGAAAGUGAAGUAUUAGAUACUGAUGACGUUAUGUAGAUAGUAGAAUUGCAGAAUGAGACUUGGCACAAUUCUUGAUUUGAUGCUUAUCAGUGAUAAUUGCAACCAUCGGUUUAUUCUUUCCUACCCACUACUCGUCCAAGGUCUUGCUUCAGAACAUGAAUUUGACAAAUAUCACCGAAGUUUUGGACACUUACCAAGGACGAGACAAAUUUCUGAGGCUUUUUGCGUACCUGGGCAAGUUGGGAACUGGAAUUAUUCCCUACAACGAUGUUGCAGUCAAGUCUCAAAUUUUUUCCAGCCAAAUCAGCGGAUGUAGAGUAAUCUUGAGGCUGCUGGAUGAUAUUCCCACAUUGCAUUCCAUUGCAAGCUAUGGUUGGGGAAAAGAAGAACCUGACCGGCUUAUCAGAUGGGCCAAUUUGCUGCAAAACUUGGUGGAUAUAAUUUUUUGUCCAUUGGAACACAUCUGUUGGGCUGGUGAAAAGAAAAUUUUAUCGGUCAAUGUGUCAUUGCUGGACAAUGCUACUACUUGGUGCUGGCUUAUCUCUAUUUACCUAUCUCUAGUUAAAUCAGUGCGAAGAAUAAACCAACUCCAAAAGCACAAGGCUUGUUUACAGAGGACGGCAUGCGAUGUGAGCAUAGCACUACGCCCAUUGAAAGCUCAACAAAUCAAUGAAUUUUGGACCUGCCUGCGAUUAGUCUUGGAUCUGAGCUAUGCCAUAAACUAUCUACCUCCAGAUACCUUAUGGGGAGGUAAGCUCAACACAUGGCAAGUUGGAGCUCUCGGAACUAUCUCUUCGCUAAUAAUACUCUGUCAGAUGUUCCGUAAACAUGCAGUAUCUAAGAAAUAGUGGUAGGAUUCUGUAAAAAUAAAUAGCAAGUUGGAAGAAAUCAGUUUGAAGAUUGUGAGAUCAGAUAACCAGCUAAUAAUGUCGUUGAAUGAAAAAUAAUACAAUAAAUUUACUUUGAUUGGUGAUUUGGAAUAAAAUGGGUUAUGGCAUUGA